AGAUCUGCAAUCUGCAAUGACAUUGGCCAAACUCAACAAGAGUGUUUCCUGACACCUGAGAAUAGAAUCCUUUUCCAAGAGAAUCGAAUCAAUUAGCUUCUUCUGCAAAAGCUUCAGGACGAAGUUGACAGUUGACAACUUCAGAGUCUUGGUUUCAGAUUCAUUCAUAUACCAAGCGGUUCUUUGUGCUGGCCAUUAUUUAUUUUUCCUCUUCUUGCUAGCUAGCACCAUUUUCUUUGCUUGGUUUUCCAACAACAACAAAAUUGGCAACCAACCAUGAUGUUCCUUUCCUUACGGCGAGCCACGGUUUUCCAUUCCAAAGCACGAACUAGCCACGGCAGAAUCUCGUAUCGAUCCAUCAGCAAACUUGUGAAUUCGGCGCAAGAAGCCUUGGCAGAUUUGGAUCUUCACGGAGCUACCGUGGCCGUGGGGGGAUUUGGAUUGGGUGGAAACCCCGAGACUUUAUUGCAAGAACUCUCUCAAUUUCCUCAAGCUUCCAAUCUGACAGUGGCAUCGUUGACGGGUGGUGUUGAUGGCAAGGGCAUUGGGCUUUUGCUCGAAUCCAACAAGGUGAAACGACUCAUCUCCAGUUAUGUCGGAGAAAACAAGUUUCUAGAACAAUCUUUCUUUGGUGGAGACCUUGAAGUGGAAUUGACUCCCCAAGGAACCAUUGCCGCCAGAUUGCAUGCUGCUGGAGCAGGUAUGCCAGCCUUUUAUACACCCACAGGAGCUGGAACCAUUUAUGCUUUGGGAGGAAUCCCCAUCAAAUACAAAAAGGAAAGUCCCAAUCACGAAGUCGAUAUUGCCUCGCCACCCAGAGAAACUCGAGUCUUUGACGGUGUGGAAUAUGUUUUGGAAACUGCUUUGAAGACUGAUCUUGCAUUGGUGAAGGCAUACAAGGCCGAUACCGAAGGAAACUUGGUCUUUCGAGGAACAUCUCGAAAUGCAAAUCCAGAAUGUGCCAUGUCAGGAAAAAUGUGCGUCGUGGAAGCCGAACACAUUGUGCAACCAGGCGAACUUCAUCCGGAUGAAAUCAAUCUACCUGGCGUAUAUGUCAAUCGCGUCAUUGCUGCUUCUAAGAAUGACAAACCCAUUGAACGAUUGAGGUUGCAAGACACCAGCAACAAAAAAGGUGGAGUGGUCAAGGGAGGACGAGGGAGGAUCAUGCGUCGUGCUGCCAAAGAGUUCAAAAAUGGAAUGUAUUGCAAUUUGGGAAUUGGUCUCCCGACGCUUUGCUCUAACUACAUCCCAGAUGGGGUUACCAUCAGUCUGCAAGCGGAAAAUGGAUUGAUGGGGAUUGGGCCUUAUCCUGCUACAGAGGAAGAGGCUGAUGCAGACUACAUCAAUGCUGGGAAAGAAACCAUCACGGCACGACCUGGAGCGAGCACCUUCAGCAGCUUUUGCAGUUUCAAUAUGAUUCGUGGAGGGCACAUUGAUUUGACCAUCUUGGGAGGACUCCAAUGUAGUGCUGCUGGAGACUUGGCAUCGUGGAUUGUACCUGGUAAAAUCCUCAAGGGAAUGGGAGGUGCCAUGGAUCUUGUGGGCGCCCCUAAUUCCAAAGUUGUCGUCACCAUGGACCACACAGCCAAGGAUGGCAGCCCCAAAAUCAUGGAAGAAUGCUCCUUGCCCCUGACUGGGCGACAGGUGGUUGAUAGAAUCAUCACGGAUAUGGGGGUCUUUGAUUGCAACAAGGAGCCAGGUGGUGGAUUGACCCUCGUAGAAAUUGCACCUGGUAUUUCCGUGGACGAUGUACGAAAAGCAACAGGCUGCGAUUUCAAGGUUGUACCAGAGCCAGUCCCAUUGAUGGAUGAUAUGGUCGAUGAGGAGUGAAAGCCGUCCGCACUGAAUGGCAAAAGAGAAUUAUACGAUAAAAACAUGCGUCCGCUGCGAGAUCGAAUUUCGAUGACAGAGUGACUCAGUCGAACAUGCCGAGACUAGCUAAGUCAGUUGCCCUUCCCUUUAUAAUACAUUUUAUAGCAAUAGCUAUAGCUAAAGUCAAGCCCUCUACCCAGAUAGUUGUUGAUUCCUGACC